AUGACCACAAUAAGGGUAUUAACAGUUGGCUCAGCAAAUGGGAAAUUAACUGAACUUUUUGCAGGAGUUAAAAAAAUCAUCACUAAUUAUGGACCUUUUGACUUAUUAUUGUGUGUCGGCGAUCUUUUUGGGGAGAAUAACUCUGAAUUAGAAUCUUUAAUUUCCGGUGAAAUCGAAGUGCCAAUCACGUCUUAUUUCAUGUAUGGUGAACAUGAUUUACCCGACAUUGUAAAAGAACGUAUUGCAAGUAAUAAUGGAGAAUUUUGUCCAAAUUUGUUUUAUCUUGGUCAAACAAGUAGCAUAACCACAACACAAGGAAUUAAGAUCGCGUUUGCAAGUGGUAUAUUGAAUUCACCUGUAACUGGUCUUCCUAAUACGGUGGAUAUUCUUCUCACACAUGAAUGGCCAAAAGAUAUAACCCGACUUUCGAAGAAUGCUCCUACGAAUGUCGGAGGUUCAGAAUAUGUAGCAAACUUAGCUCUGUCCGUUAAACCAAGAUAUCAUCUUUCUACUUCUGAAAAGGUUUUCUAUCAAAGAGAACCUUAUCAAAAUUCUCCUUCUCCAAGUUUAAUAAAUGAUGAAGUAGAUUCUCAAAUGCAAUUUGGACAUCCAACUUGGUUUAUUGGACUGGCUGAAGUGGGUAAUUCUACAAAGUCAAAGUGGUAUUAUGGCUUCAAUCUUGUUCCAUUUGUACAUUUAUCUCCAUCGGCCUUCACGAAACCUCCAGAAAUGUUGACAGGAUGUCCUUAUAUAUUAGCAGGAAAAAAGAGAAGAACCGGUGAUAAUAAUUCUAGUGGAGGUAACUAUUUUUGGGGCCCGGGAAAUGCAUCGGAGCCAUCUACUAAACGCGGUAAACGAACUGAACAUGAUAUACCUCCUGAUUAUGUAUGCAAAAAAUGUAACAAUCCCGGUCACUGGAUUAAAGAUUGCCCUGCCCUAAAAGGAAGUCGUAUUAACAAAUCAAGACCUCCUCCUUCAAACUACGUUUGUAAUAAAUGUAAACAAGCAGGUGUUCAUUAUAUCGUAAACUGUCCUGAAUACUCGUGUCAUAUUUGUGGUGAUAAUGGUCAUUCACCUAAAGAAUGCCCUUCUAAAGACAAUAAAUUGUUUAACAAAGCAGUAUGUUGGUUCUGUCUGUCAAAUCCAAAAAUAGUCAAACGUUUGAUUGUUUCUCUUGGUGAAGAAAUUUAUCUAUCUUUAGCUAAGGGGCCCCUGAUCGAUAGUCAAAAUGAAAAUGUUCCUGGUGGUGGUCAUGUCUUAUUAGUAGCAAUUCAACAUUAUCCAACUUUUCAAGAAGUUCCAAAUGAUGAACAAACAAACAUGAUGGAUGAACUCGAAAAAUACAAAAUUGGAUUGAGAAAGUUAUUUCAUGAAUAUAAUGCAGGUAUGGUUAUGUUCGAAGUAUCUAGAACUGGUGGAAUACAACAUUGUCAUCUGCAGGUUAUUCCCAUCCCUUUGAAAUAUGAUUCAAAUAUGAUAAGAGAAGCAUUUAUAAAAGAAGCUUCAGACUCCGGAUUUGAAUUACUUCCAGUAUCAUCAUCAUUACCUCCACACCAUUUUAAAGUUGAUUUACCUGAUGGUACAUCAUUAAUUCAUGAAAUUAAUCCUAAUGAGAAAUUUGACGUCCAAUUUGGAAGGAAAGUUCUUGCGAACUUGAUGGGAUGCAGUCAUCGUAUUGAUUGGAGAGCCUGCGAGUUAACUGAAGAGCAAGAACAAUCGGAUGCAGAAAAAUUUAGAAAAGCAUUUAAGCCUUAUGAUCCCAUGGCUGAAUAA